CGUUGUCACAUCGUUAAAUCAAAACAUCUUCCCUUGCGGCUCGCAGUGUUCUCGUGCUCGUAAUUUAUUUCGAAAGUUAAAUUACUAAUUUUCACCGAAAAAUGUCGAAAAUUAAGCAUACCACCGAGAAAGCAUUGGAGAUGCUUCGAACCCUGCCUCGGGUGUCCAUCGCCAACAUCAGGGAUAAUCCAAACUCCAAGAAACCGCAAAAACGAGGCCGCGCUCAGCAUAGUGGAGACAAACACGGCGCCGGAAAUAAAGGCUCGAACCAGCGUCAAAACUACAUCCGCCUCGGCUACGAAACGGGCAACGCGCCAUUCUAUCUCCGGUUCAGUUACGAGCCAUAUUACAAGGGCCACCACCUGAAGCGGGAAUAUCCUCCGAUAAGUUUGCACCAGCUGCAGAAAAUGAUUGACACGAAUCGGAUCGAUACCAGCCGGCCAAUCGAUUUGACCACGAUCUGCAACACCGGCCUAUUUCAGAUUAGACCGGAUCAGUUGCAUCACGGAGUUCAGAUUACGGACGAAGGAGCGGACGAUUUUCGAGCCAAAAUCAAUCUGGAGGUGCAAUUUGCUCCAGAACUGGUCAUUGCGGCCAUCGAGAGAAACGGGGGAGUCAUUAGGACGGCGUAUUAUGAUCCGCGCAGUUUGCACGCGGUCGUGAAUCCAAAGAAGUGGUUCGAGAAGGGAGUUGCUAUUCCGAGGAGGAUGUUGCCGCCGCAGGACGCCGUUGACUACUAUACGGAUGCGAAAAAUAGGGGCUACCUGGCGAAUCCGGAGGAGAUCAGUCGGGAACGGUUGGUACUGGCGCAGAAGUAUGGGUACGAGCUGCCCAAGAUUGAGGAAGAUCCCAUGUAUGAGAUGUUGACGGAAGCCAAGGAUCCCCGGCAGAUAUUCUAUGGUUUGAAUCCGGGAUGGGUGGUAAGCUUGAAGGAUCGAGCGAUUAUUAAAGCAAAGGGAGGUGAGUGAAUUGAGGAUUUACUAUAAAUGAAGGAAAUAGAGUUCUGUGUUGUACUGGUGA